AUGAUGGUGGAAGGUUCUGCAUUUACGAGGAAUGAUGUGUUCCAAAUGGCAAUUCGUGUGGCUUUUGUGUCCGCGGUUACCUAUUUCUCUAUUAAAUGGCUAGUUAAUCAAAUAGAUCCCACAUCCAAGAGUCGCAAGAAAGCCGAGGAAAGGGCACGAGAACAAUUACGCAAGGUCUCUUGCAGAGCCGGACUUGGCAGCAAGCAUGCGCUGGCAUUGGACAAACUUACAGACCACGAGAUGAUUAUUGCUUCACAGUUGGUUGUGCCAGACGAGAUUAACGUGAACUGGAAAGACAUUGCUGGUUUGGACAACUUGAUCCGGGAACUGCGAGAGACUGUGAUCCUGCCAAUUCAAAAACGAGAGCUGUUUGCUGACAGCCGGCUGACUCAGCCACCAAAAGGGGUGCUGUUACAUGGUCCUCCAGGAUGUGGAAAGACAUUGAUAGCAAAGGCAACUGCCAAGGAAGCAAAUAUGAGUUUCAUCAACCUGGACGUAUCACUCUUAACUGACAAAUGGUAUGGUGAAACACAGAAGUUAGCAUCUGCUGUAUUCAGUCUUGCUGUCAAGCUGCAGCCUUGCAUUGUUUUUAUAGAUGAAAUUGAAUCAUUCCUGCGCACACGCACCGCACACGACCACGAGGCUACUGCAAUGAUGAAGACGCAGUUUAUGUCGCUAUGGGAUGGACUGAUCACUGAUCCUUCUUGUACAGUCAUUAUUAUGGGUGCUACAAAUCGUCCACAAGACUUGGAUAAAGCGAUCCAGAGGCGAAUGCCGGCCACCUUCCAUGUGCCUAUGCCUAAUGAGUUUCAGCGUGAGAGAAUCCUUCAGCUGAUCCUUCAUGAGGAGCCUAUUGCAUCCGAUAUCGACUACAAGAAGCUGGCGGCUACUUCAGAGGGUUUCUCCGGUUCCGACCUGCACGAGGUAUGUCGACAGGCGGCCGUGUACCGAGUCAGGGACUACGCACGCGAGGACCUAGCCAGAGAGCAAGAGUCCAUCGACAACAAGUCCAACUGCUCCGACCCUGACGAACAGUACACGGAUGCGAUGCGGCCCAUAACCAUGGACGACUUGCGCAAUUCGCUCUUAAAAUUAAAGGAGUCCAAGAUUCAAUGCGGUUCGCUCGCGCCUAGCAUGAGGAUAGACCUGGAUUAG